GCUACAGAUCUGCGCAUGACGUGACGUCCUCUGUGGCGCUGCCUGCACGCGGGAGUCACUCAACCCGUCUGUGCAGGAUCAUUUACAGUCUAUGUGCAGGAUACAGUAACUUGCUUCUAUCUUCUAUCAGUUUUUGGUCUUUCUUUGUUCCUUUUAAUCGAUUCAGAAGGCAGAAAUUAACCAGGCAAGCAUUCAAACGCCAAACAGUAGUCCUGCAGUAGCUUCUGUAGCUUUGUGCAUCCUUUUAUUUUGUUUCAGGACUGUUUGCUAUCCUUACUUACCCUCAGACAGGUGAUAUGUUGAGCCCCAAGCUGCUGACCCUGGUGCUGGUGGUCCGGCCCGGCAGGGUGCUGCUUGGCAUGAAGAAGAGAGGAUUCGGGGAGGGGAAGUGGAACGGGUUCGGGGGUAAAGUUCAACCUGGAGAAACUAUUGAGGAUGCUGCGAGGAGAGAACUGCACGAAGAAAGUGGCCUAACGGUGGAUGAUCUAAAGAAGAUCGGGAACAUCAAAUUUGAAUUUGUUGGAGAGACACAGCUGCUGGACGUCCAUGUUUUCAGAGCUGAUGAUUAUAAAGGAGAACCCACAGAAUCAGAGGAAAUGAGACCUCAGUGGUUUGAACUCAACAAAAUCCCCUUCAGUCAGAUGUGGGCUGAUGACAUCCUGUGGUUCCCCCUGCUGCUCCAGAACAAGAAAUUUGUUGGGUACUUUAAGUUUCAGGGUCAUGAUGUGAUCCUCAGCCACACACUGGAGGAAGUGGAGGAACUCUGAGACAGCAUCAGAGAAAGUGAAUCCGAGGACGUUAAUGAAUGAGACCAAAAGAAGUAUCAGAGUUCCAAAUUUCUCCCUUUAAACAUUGAUGAUGUCACGCUGUUCAGUUUGUUGUUCAGUGUUAUAUGUUGGAGGGGACAGUCAGGCUUUGAGGGUUUGAGGCAGCAGUGUGUAGGAUGUGGGGGCCACUAGUGGGGAGAUUGCAUCCAUAUCACAACCGCUUCCAUCGGCUUCUUAUUUUUAUAAGAGCGGGCUAUUCAACAGUGUUUCAAAAGCCAGAAUUUGAAAAGUCUGCUGUAGAGUGAAGUGGUUCAUCUAUUCUGGGCCUCUGAUGAAACAUGGAGGAAAUUGUGGAACAGAACUCCCCUUGCAGAUAUAACAAGCUUAUCCUGAGGCAAUGUAAAUCCAACAGAUCUUGUUUCAAAGUAAUUUCUGUGAUAGUGAUAAACUACAUAUGUAGAGGAUACCAGCAAAAUAGAUCCAACCAGAUCCUACACACUGGUCUCUAAACACAAUCAUGUUGGCUUUGAGGUUAAAGAUAAGAUUACUGUUACACAUUAAGGUUAUUAGAAAAUAAAACUGUUGUUUUCAUAUCAUAAGAUCUCAAAAGGAAAAACUCAAGCAGGAAUAAACAGACAGAAAUAUCCAUUCUGGAAUUUUAUUAUUUAGAAUAACUGAUUUAACACAACUUCUGGAAUAAAAUAUUUACAGUAUCUACAGAAAUACUCUUAUUGGGUCUCAUAUUCUGUGCAAGUCAUCAUCAUACUCAAUAUUUUUUUUAACAAAAUGUCAUCACUGGAUGCAGCGUUGGAGUUUCUUCAUAAAAUAAAUGUUGAACUUUCUAUAUAAAAAAGAGCCUGCAGCAUUCUUGCAUCAUUCAGCACAGUCAGUUUGGUGUGUUUGAGAUGAGAUCAGUAGGUGACAAGUUCUUCAGGCAACUUUCAAAGCACGCGCCUUUAAAUGGCAAACUGUCCCUUUGAGGUUCUUUUAGUCAAGAGGCGAUGUCGUGACAACAUAAGUGUGAAGUGUUCAGUUGUUUUCAUGCUUGAUAUCUGAAAGAAGAAAGUCUAAUAGUGUCUGGAAAAGAAUUCAGAAAGAUCCAAGCUAGUGUGUGCUACUACAAAUCAAUUAUUCAUUUCAUCUAAUCUAUUUAAAGUCUACAAUCUCGCAGUGAUUUCAAAAUAAAAGUACUGAUUAUUUCA